UCAUAUAUGAAAGAUACCUUCCCAAUGCAAAGAGAGUAUUUUAAUAAUUUGGAAGUUAUACACUCCAUUGCCGAGAUAAAAAUUGAAUGGCCUUACAUUUUUGAAACCGAUUACUUACGCCAGCAUUUUGAAGAGUUGAUGGGCUUAAAGUCUGACACGUUUGCUGAAAAUUUUCUAAACACAAAAGAAAAAAUUUUUCUAUUUUUCAAAAAAUUUAUAAAAAAUCCGGUGGUCGAUGAUUCCAGUGAACGGUCAAUACUCACCGGAAUUGCAAAAUAUUUCAACGAGGACUUAGGUUUUUUGCUUUUGGAUUUUGAGUUCGGAUUAAAAGUGGAUAGCAUUGUCGCCAGGGUUCCAACAAACACACCGUUCAUUGCGUUUGUCGAGGAUGAUGCAACAGGUGGAAAAGUUGUGGCCUACAUUUUAAUUGAAAAAACCAUAGUUAGUAAAAUAGAAAAUUGUAAUCUCUUGCUUAACUUACAACUAGUGAUAAAUUUCUUUUUUGUAUUAAACAUAAUCUAUCCACGCGAAAUAUCGCAAACUUUAGAAUUUUUAGUACGCUUCUUUUAUAAGCAUUAUCCCAUCUCCACACGUGGUAAAAAGAAAAAUAUUAACAGUUUGCAAAAAGUUAAUAGUUUCAUAAGCAAAAUUACAGCUUUUGAACAAUAAAAGAACCGUACUAAAUAUUUUA